UUUCACUCUUUGGAUUGUGUCACUUCUGAAUUUCAAUGGCUGCAGUUUCUUUUAGACUCCUUUCCUUUCUUUGUUGUCUCUCCAUUAUAAUCAUAUCACAGGCCAGCGCCCAGACAAACUGUGAUAACGACAAAGGCAACUACACAAUCAAUAGCACCUACCACAGCAAUCUCAACACUCUCUUAUCCAAUUUCUCUUCCCACACAGAUAUCUACUAUGGUUUCUACAAUUUCUCGUAUGGCCAAGACCCAGACAAAGUAUACGCCAUUGGGCUCUGCAGAGGCGAUCAAAACCCGGAUCAGUGCCUCAAAUGCCUCAAUGAGUCCAGAGUCUCUCUGGCAGAUGAAUGUCCAAACCAGAAAGAGGCAAUUAAUUGGAGAGGAGAGUGCAUGCUACGCUACUCUAACCGCUCCAUAUUUGGCCGAAUGGAAAAUCAACCUACGUCUCGAAUCGUUUACCUGAAGAAUGUAACGGGCUCAGUGGAUGAAUUCAAUGAUGUGCUGGAGAGCUUGAUGAGGAAUUUAUCAAGCACGGCAGCAUCAGGUGACUCUCGUCGUAAGUAUGCUACAGGCAGCAAACCUGCUCCAGAUUUUCAAACCACAUACGGUUAUACACAGUGCACGCCUGAUUUGUCAUCCGAAGAUUGCACUACGUGCUUGGGUGAAGCUAUUUCAGAUAUCCCAAAUUAUUUUAAUGGCAAGGCUGGUGGCAACGUUUUAAAACCCAGUUGUAGAAUUAGAUUCGACCCCUACUCCUACUAUGGACCAACAUUGAAAUUAGACCCAGAUGCAUCACCAACUAUGACCAACAACACUUCUUCUUCACAAGGGAAGGGCAACACAUCACGAAUUAUCAUUGCCAUAGUAGUUCCAGUUGCUAGUGUUGUUUUGGUGCUCAUUCUUUUCUGCAUCUAUCUUAGAGCGAGGAAGUCAAGAAAACAAAAUGAAAGUGAAAAAAGAGAAGAUAAUAAUGAAGAUGAAAUUACAUUUGCUGAGUCAUUGCAAUUCGACUUUGACACUAUACGAGUUGCUACAAAUGAAUUUGCUGAUUGUAAUAAAAUUGGACAAGGCGGGUUUGGAGCUGUUUACAGAGGUCAGCUUUCCAACGGACAAGAGAUUGCAGUAAAAAGGUUGUCAAGGGAUUCUGGGCAAGGAGAUAUGGAAUUUAAGAAUGAAGUGCUUUUAGUGGCCAAGCUUCAACACAGAAAUUUAGUUAGGCUACUUGGGUUCUGUCUGGAAGGAACAGAAAGACUUCUUGUCUAUGAAUUUGUUCCUAAUAAAAGCCUUGAUUACUUCAUAUUUGAUCCAAUAAAGAAAGCACAAUUGGAUUGGCAAAGGCGUUACAAAAUCAUUGGAGGUAUUGCUCGAGGUCUUCUCUACCUCCAUGAAGAUUCUAGACUGCGUAUUAUACAUCGUGACCUCAAAGCAAGCAACAUUCUCUUGGAUGAAGAGAUGCAUCCUAAGAUAUCUGAUUUUGGGAUGGCAAGAUUGGUUCACAUGGAUCAGACUCAGGAAAAUACAAGUAGAAUUGUUGGAACCUAUGGAUAUAUGGCACCUGAGUAUGCAAUAUAUGGUCAAUUUUCAGCAAAAUCAGAUGUUUUUAGUUUUGGUGUACUGGUUCUUGAGAUAAUAAGUGGCCAUAAAAACAGUGGUGUUCGACGUGGGGAGAAUGUGGAGGAUCUAUUGUGCUUUGCAUGGCGAAACUGGAGGGAUGGAACAACUACCAACAUUGUAGAUCCCACAUUAACUGACGGUUUGCGAAAUGAAAUAAUGAGAUGUAUCCACAUUGGGUUAUUAUGUGUUCAAGAAAAUGUGGCUGCCAGACCAACCAUGGCUUCUGUUGCACUCAUGCUUAAUAGCUAUUCUCUAACUCUACCGGUGCCUUCAGAACCAGCAUUUGUUGGGGAUGGUAGAACUAGAAGCCUUCCAGACAUGCAAUCCUCAUCAGAGCAUAAUUCAAGGCAAACAAUUGAAUCAGCAAAUCAAUCAGCUCACAAUUCGGUAAAUGAGGCUUCAAUUACUGAGCUAUAUCCUCGCUAAAUUUUGGUGAGACAAUGAGAUGAGUGGUAGUCAUUUGCAUGUUUGAUUAAAAAAAACAAUAUCAAUUCGUGAAGUAAAAAACAAUAGUGGUCUCUUGGAACUGGCCUAGAUUGUUGGUGUCAUGUCUUGGUGGAUGGCCUAUCUUUUUUGUUUUUUUUUUUUUUUUCUGAGGAGCUCCUUAGGUAGACUUUCUUUUUAAUUAUAGAUUUUUAUCCCUUGGUGUUAUUAUAAUAAAGUAAUGUUAUUUCCACAAUUCACAUUAAAUUUUUAUGAGAUAUACUUUUGAGUUUAUUUUUUUGGGUACAUAAAGAUUUUAAAUAGGGUAUU